AUGGCAAGGUCAGUAGUACAACAUUGUGUACGUUGUACUAAAGUAAGACCACGAUUUUAUGAACAACUGAUGGACUCAAUUCAAACAAGCAAGGCACAAGAGAAGAUAAUUAACGAAUGUAAUGAAAGAGGAAUAACAUUUAAAUUUAUACCUCCUCGUGCACCGCACUUCGGUGGACUGUGGGAAGCAGCAGUCAAAUCAGCAAAACACUUAUUGAUACGAAGUACUAAGACGACUUCACUAACAUAUGAGGAACUAGAGACUGUGGUAUUAGAAGUCGAAGCAAUACUGAACUCUCGACCAUUGACACCUAUGUCGAGUAAUCCGAAUGACUUGUCAGCACUAACACCUGGUCAUUUCUUAAUUGGAGAACCACUCACAGCAAUGGCAGAUGCAAAGGCCCAAUCAGGAAAUAUAAAUCUGGUGACAAAGUGGAAAUUAGUUUCUCGCCUCAAAUUGGACUUUUGGGAACGUUGGAAAACCGAGUACCUCACUGAACUACAAUGUCGACACAAAUGGAAAGCAGCCAAUCUAAAUAUAAAAGAAGGUACCCUUGUAAUCAUCAAGGAAGACAAUGUUCCUACAUUAAAAUGGCCGCUUGGACGUAUUUCAAAGGUAUAUAAGGGAGAUGACGGUCUUGUUCACGUGGUCGAUGUUAGAAUGGCAUCAGGAACUCUAAGACAAGACAAGAUUUUUGACAAGACUAGCGCCUCUGUUGCCAGCCGAUGA